AUGCAGCUUGCUGGACCUGUCUUUUGUCUUUUGACAUAUGCGACUGUCUGGAUUAUAUACACGCGAUGGUUCCAUCCUCUCGCGAGAUUCCCUGGCCCGUUCUGGGCUUCUGUGUCGCGGGUCUGGACUGUCCUUCAUUUCCUCCCUGGAGAUGCGGAGAAAACACAGAGGAAGCUGCAUGAGAAAUACGGGCCUGUUGUUCGCAUUGCGCCAAAUGAAUUGGUGACCAGCGAUCCGCAAGCAGUCAAGACUCUGCAAUGGAUCUGUAUUGACCAGCAGACCGACUUUUAUCUAGCUUUCCGACCGCCUUGGGCGCGAUACCCAGACCACUUCUCCUCUGAAGGCGGGAAACAGCACGGAGAGCGUCGGCGGAUUGUGGCGAAUGUCUAUUCAAUGACGAGCAUCCUCCAGUCAGAACAGUAUAUUGAGAAAUGCAUUGAGGUGUGGGUGAAGAAGCUGGGGGAAAUGGCAGACCGAAAGGAAUCCUUCGACUUGUGGUUAUGGACGAGAAUGUACGCAUACGACGUCGUCGGGGUUCUUUUCUUCAGCAAGGUGUUUGGCUUCCUUGAAAACGGCGGCGACCAUCUGGGAUAUAUCGAGGCUGUGGAUGACUUGAUUCCUGUGCAGUUCCUGGCUGGAAUCAUGCCAACUUAUAUCCGCAGCCCGUUCCUCCUCACCGGAAUACUCUUCUCCAAAGUUCGAGGCGCAUUGAAAGCCCUAGGCGAUUUAACUGACGCAACAAAUUCAAUGCUCAAAAACCGACUUGCGGCGCUCGACUCUAGGUCUACAAAGCCGCAACAAGCGGACAUUCUUGGGAAACUGCUCGACAUCUUCCACAAGGACGGGAAGAGACUUGACUUUGAGCUUGACGAUGUCAAAAUGGAAGCCUUUGGUGCAUUCUUCGCGGGAAGCGAAACAACAGCCCUGACGCUCUCGGGAAUCCUCUACCACAUCCUGCGCAACCCUGCUGUAUAUACAAAACUAACCACCGAAAUCGACACCGCAGUACAUUCAACCCAGCUCAGCAUCCCGGUUACAUAUAACAAAGUCAGCAAACUCCCAUACCUAACCGCCUGCAUCAAGGAAGGAAUCCGGAUGCACCCUGUAACCGGAGCGUCAUUUCCACGACACGCACCGCCAUCUGGAUGCGAGAUUGGCGGGCACUGGAUUCCGGGAAAUGCACGGAUUGGCGUGAAUCCAGCUGUUGUGCAAUUCGACAAGACUGUUUUUGGCGAUGAUGCGGACAUCUUCCGCCCUGAGCGCUGGUUAGAAGGGGAUGCGGUUGAGAUGGAUCGAUAUAUUAUGCAUUUUGGCAUGGGGGCACGGACUUGUCUUGGGAAGCAUAUUGCGAUGUGUGAGAUCUACAAGGCGAUUCCGCAUCUUCUGAUAUCGUUUAGCCUGGAGCUUGCGAGUGAUAAGGAGAUACAGACGAUAUCGCACUGGUUCCAUAAGCCGGUUACUAUUGAUGUCAAUGUUCGGCGACGAGUCUAA